AUGGAGGCGCUUGACUCUUCCAUCGAGAGCGGGGAGGCCACUGCGAACAGACUUGCGGACGAGAAGAUCGAUGAGAAACAUGAUCGUCAUCACCACCAUCUCCAUAUGCCACACGGCCACGGCCACGGGAGGCGUUUUCUGGAAUUUGUGCACCCUCACACCGGCAAGACGAUUCACGUCUGCCACAGCCCAGAGCAUCUCGAACGAAAACGCACCGAACUCCUUCGCGACAACAAGGUCGAAGAGUUCGAUGUCCUCCUACAAGGCUCGGCCGAUCACCUCGAUGCAAUCCGUCAACUCCACGCCCACCACCGGUCAAAGAGGGACGAGCUCCGAGAACGCCAUGGUGACUUGUACACGGACAUCGAAACCGUCAAAUCCGACCUGGACGCACUCGCGUCCGAACUGCACCAGAUCACUACGCACGCCGUGUCUCUCGACGCAUCCUUCGACCGGUACGGCUACUCGGCGCACCUACGGACCAAGGACGACGAGUCCGAAACGACGUCGGUGCACAACAGCGACCAUCCGUCUGCCGUGGACAGGCACAAAGACCGGUCUGCCGAGGCUCUCCGGUUCCUCAAACGGCCCACCAUCCGCCAGUACUUCCACAAAGGUCUGCUUUGGCGCUCGGCAAAGGCGGGCGAGGUGGCCUCGUUCGAACUCUUCCUCGACCUCGUCUACGUCGGUGUCAUCGACAUCGUGGGCGAAAAGGCGGUCGAGGGCGCCAAUGGCUUGUCUCUUUUACACUUUGUCAUCAUCUUUUCGAUAGCGUGGAAGAUCUGGGCCGACCUGACCAUGAUCAUCAACCAUUUUGAGAUCGACGACAUCUUCCAACGGGUCAAUGUGAUUUUUUACCUCGUGUGCCUCUUUGGAUUCACGACCAACAUUGCCUACGCGUUCGAAUCGACCUACACGUCCGCCAUUGCCUUCUACGUCACACAACGCCUUUCCACGGCGCUGUGGUACAUCUACGUCGCCUGGAUCCUGCCCACGAUCCGCGGCUCGAUGGUCGUGCUGUCUGCCACCGUGAUCAUCUCAUCCGCCUUCUGGAUCGGAAGUAUCCACGUCCAAUGGCCCGCUCAAUUGUCCCUGAUUUGGAUCGCCAUCUUCAUUGACAUCUUCGGCAACAUCAUCAUGAUCUGGGUGAUCAAGCAGGAUAAAUCGAGACUUCUCAGGUGUGUUGCCAAGUAUUUUGAAUUCUCCCCGGCGGUCAACAUCGAACAUCGCGUCGAGCGGAAUAAUGCUUUUGUAUCAUUGGUCUUUGGUUACUCAAUCCUGACCAUCCUGUUCCAAUCGCGCGCCUCUUUCGGCAUCAACGCGUUCUUUGGCAAAGGGGUUCUCGGUCUCAUUCAAGCUUUCAUGUUCAAUUGGAUCUACUUCGAAGUCGACGCGUACCACGUCCACGUCCACGCGAUCCGACGCCACUGGGCGUCGUCAGGGGUAUGGGUAUCGGCCCACCUCCCAUUCAUAAUGGGCUACGUUCUCGCGGCGUCCACGCUCUCCCGCCUCGUGCUCGCCCACGACUGCGCCGACGCCGACCCCGAGUGGCUGGGCGAGAAGUACUCCGAACUGUCCGAGCCCGAAGUCCCCACGGCCUUUCGCUGGUUCUACUGCGGCGGACUGGGCGUCGCGCUGAUCUGCAUGGCCGUCAUAUCCUUCUGCCACAUCCACAAGCGCGUCGCCAAAGCCAAGGCGCGUCUACGCAAGCGUGUCCGCCUCGCGUUCCGCAUCUGCGUCGCCGCCGUCAUCAUCUGCCUCCCCCUCGCCGACUCACUCUCGUCCCUGUCCCUGAUCUCCGUCACGACCGCGCUCGUCUUCUCCGUCCUCGCCCUGGACCUGUUUGGCAUGAGCUGCGAAGGCGACAAGUUCUGGACGGGCGGCUUCUGCCCGCACGAGAAGAAGCGCUGCACCUACACGGCUCAGUGUCGGCUAGGCAAACGGCGUAGGCGGGAAAUCGAAAAGGCGAUGCAACGUGGUGAGAAGGUCAGCCUGGCUGAUUUGCUCAAACGCAAGAACUCGAGCAUGAGUAGUCUGGAAAGUGAAGAUACCUUGAGAGACGAGGAGUGGCAGGGUGGACAUUAUUGA